UGUGUGUGUGUGAGAGAGAGAGAAAGCAUGUCAUUAACAGGAUAGAAUUAAGAUUUACUUUCUGUCUUCAAAUUCUAACCAAGAUUAUUUUCUCUUUGAGAUGAUAAUCUGCACUUAAUGACCAGGGCAUCCAAGUCAUUGAUCUUUUGCUACAAUGAGUCAGGAAAGGGUGGUGCAUUUUCUGCUGUCUAGUGUGUAGAAAACAAUCAGCAGAGAUUGCAAGUUGCUCAGAUUAGUAUUUAUUUGUUGCAGUAAUGGACUUGGGAGAGACAUACAGAACAUAAAUUUUAUAAGAUACAGGUCGCUGCAUCAUUGAGAACAAAGAACUCUUAAUCUAACUGGUUAUCAGAAAACAUACAUUUGCAUUAUUAAUUAGACUAUUCAUGUACCUUUUGACUUACAAAGGGCAUAUGUGUCAUCAGUACAUGAAUUCAAACGUUUAUGCAUGAUUUUGAGAGAGAGGGGAAACGAACAGAUUAAAGAGAUGGGUACAUGGAUGAAAUGACCCUUGCUCCCAGGAGUUUAUCUUUCUGUAUCUCAGAUGAAACUUGGCCAAAAAAAACCAAAACAGCUUGCAGGCUCAGUUUGACUCUUAAGCAGACUCCAGUAAUAAUAAUCACAAAAUGGAAAAAUGAUUUCCACCACUGACGUCUGCUUCUGGAGUGGAUGCCUUUAAUGCUGGUGUUUCAUGGAAGGUCGAGUGACAGGGAAGAAGAUGGGACUGCACUUUGGGAGCUGUGCCAGGGACCAGGACCUGGCUGAGGCUCUGGAUUCUGCAGGUGACGAUGUUGACUCUGGGCUGGAUGGUGUUAUCCAGAUCCAAGACCUGUCGCCUCCUCAAAGGGCCAAGCUUUGGAUGAUUGCUCUAAACGUGGCGGGGAAAGGAGACAGUCUGUCCUCGUGGGAUGGAACAUUGGACCUAUCAGAACAGGCACUCGUACAUAACCGAAGUCAGCAGCUUAUAGACCAGCUCGAGUUGCCUGUGGAGCAGGGCCGGGACCUGGUUUCUGAUGUGGAGGCGGUGAUCACCUUCUACUGCAAGUCCCGCAAUGUGAAGUUCAGCACUGACCUUGGCUGGCCGCACCUCCUUAAGCCCCUUUUGGGUCUACAGCUGUUACGCUGUGACCUCUACAACUGCUUCUAUGCCAUCAUGAAUAAAUACAUCCCUCGGGACUGUACGCUCAGUGGCCGCCCGUUCCACCUUUUCAGACUCCUCCUCCAGUACCACGAGCCUGAACUCUGCUCCUUCCUCGACACCAAAAAAAUCACGCCAGACUCUUACGCCAUGAGCUGGUUGGGCAGCCUCUUCUCCAGCCACUGUCUUCCCGAGGUCACACAGACCUUGUGGGACGUCUACUUCCGGCAGGCCGACCCCUUUCUCAUCUUCUUCCUCAUGCUUGUCAUCCUCGUCAAUGCCAAAGACAUGAUUCUCACCCAAGAGGGCGACAGUAAAGACGAGCUCAUAAAAAUGCUGGAACAGUCACCUACCUCGCUGGAGGCUGAGGACAUUGAGGAUCUGUUUUCACUGGCACAAUAUUACCAAAGCAAGACACCCCUCUCUCUCAGAAAGGAGAACCAGAACCUUUUUGGCAGCAGUCUUGUGGCUCUGAAAGAGGAAGAUAUGGACCUGAGUCAGGCCCUGUGUCUGCCCGUGUCUGUCCCAGAGAUUCUGCAGGCCAACCAGCUCCAGCCAGAGGGGGUGCGUUUCUUUGUGGUGGAUUGCCGCCCUGCAGAGCAGUACAAUGCUGGACACCUCUCCACUGCUUUCCACCUGGACUCAGACCUGAUGCUGCACAACCCUGCCGAGUUUGCGCUGUCCGUGAAGUCUCUGCUGGAGGCCCAGAAGCAGUCUCUGGAGUCGGGCUCUGUGGCCAGCGGCGAGCACCUGUGCUUCAUGGGCAGUGGGCGUGAUGAGGAGGACAUGUACAUGAACAUGGUGCUCGCACACUUCCUGCAGAAAAACAAAGAAUAUGUCAGCAUAGCUAAAGGUGGUUUUAUGGCACUUCAACAGCAUCUGGCAGACAUCAAUGUGGAGGGACCAGACAAUGUUUAUGUCCACUGGAUAGUCAGCACUUCAGGAUCCCCAAGCAGCUCAGCGGAUGGGGACCUGAAUAACACAGGAGAUGGCAAAGGUGUCAAAUCCUUGGUCAACAAAAUGACUUUUGCCCUCAAGUCCAAGUCAGUUAAUGUAAAAGAGAAGGUCAUUAGCUUUAUUGAGAACACUUCCACACCAGUGGACAGAAUGUCUUUCACACUGCCCUGGCCAGAGAAGGGGAUACUUGAUCGGCAUGUGAGCAGUAGUGACAGAGUAGGUAAACCCUACCGGGGUGUGAAACCUGUCUUUAGCAUUGGCGACGAAGAGGAGUAUGACACGGAUGAGAUCGACAGUUCUUCGAUGUCGGACGAUGACCGCAAGGAGGUCGUGAACAUUCAGACGUGGAUUAACAAGCCGGACGUGAAGCACCAUGUCCCUUGCAAUGAAGUGAAAGAGACAGGACACAUGUUCCCCAGUCACCUCCUGAUUACAGCCACGCACAUGUACUGUCUGAGGGAGAUCGCCUCCCGCAAAGGUUUCGCUUACAUCCAGUCCCGGCAGGCCCUGAGUUCCGUGGUGAAGAUCACCUCAAAGAAAAAGCACCCCGAGCUCAUUACAUUCAAGUUUGGCAACAACAAUGUAGCUGGCGUGGAGAUCGUGGCUGUAGAAAGGUAUUUGAUACCAAAUGCAGGCGAUGCCACUAAAGCCAUUAAACAGCAGAUUAUGAAGGUGCUGGACGCUCUGGAGAGCUCGUAGCCACGCGACUGGUGCCGAGAGCCUGAGUUGGCCCCAGCUCCAUGCUGCCGCACCUCCAACCACGCCUGCCUUGCAGCACACGGGGGAGGGGAGCAGACGGACCAUUCCACACUCGCAUUCUGUCUUUUUUUUUUUUUUUUUUUCUCUCUCUCUCUCUCUCUCUCUCUCUCUCUCAUCCUUCUUCCAGGCAGCACUGAUGUUCAGUAUUUGAUCCUUGCCAGGACACAGGGGCUUCAUGCAUCUCUGGUUGAUAGAAUUCCUGAGGCAUUCAGACAAACCUGCUUUAAAAGCAGUCAUUUGCUUUAGCCCUCAGCUUUUGUGAUCAUUUCUAUCAAGAGCUCCUCUCCAAUAGGUGUAAGUCAGACUUGCUGUCAGUUUGCUUACCUGUGUCAGGCCUCAGUCCUAAUCCACUGUUUUAUACAUGAAGGACUUUAAGAUGACCCUGGAGUGACACACAGGAUUAUGUGAGGUCCAGUCCUGGAGUUACUCAGUGUUUUCCUCGUGUUUAAUUUAUACAUGUUCUUUAGCUAGUUACUUGCUGUAGUACACUUUUGAUCUGUUAUUGAGCAGAGAUAACUUUGUAUUUAUCAGAGCAGUAUUUGUGCCAGUGGGUGGGGUCACAGGAGUUGGAAAAAAUGGUGAAUGUUCACUCCGAUUCUUUUGUGGGUCAUGGGAGAGCACACAAACGCAGUAAUGGUCGUCAUUAUGGAAGGGUGUUACCCUUGUAAACCGCACAGUGCUCCAGGCAACGUGUGACGUAAACACACACUUCGGUUGCCCCGUGUGAACGGCUUUCAAAUACCUUUUGAAAUCUCAUAAAUGUAGUUAACCCUUCGAUGACGGACUUGUUCCUCACGACUCUCCCUCUCUGCUUGGAGCUGUACAGAGGAGUAGUUGAAACUGGUUAACAGAUGAAAGUCUGUGGGCUGAAUGGAUUUGUAUAUACUCUAAAAUGUAAGGGCAAACUCAGGCUCCAGAACACAACUUAUAAGAUAGCAGAUCUUCCUACUUCCAGUAGUAGUGCUUGGGUCCAAGACCCUGAGCCACACUUUCCUGUUAAGCUGUACACCAGGAGGAUGACACACAACAGAGCUGCCCAGCAUGGCCUUCUUACCUAACUCUUAAUCAGUGAUUUCAUGUCUAAAUACAUGAUUCUCCUUCAUAACCGAACUGGAGCGCAAGUUAAGAAGGAAUGCUUCCUCAGUGUGGGGUGGAUUAAAAUUUACCAUUUGUUUUACAGCUAUUGGUUAAUUUAGUUAUUGGCUAAUAAACACUUGCUGUUUGCAGUAAUUUAAUUUAACCAUUUCCGUGUUCUGCCCAAUAUCUCUGCUUUCAAACUCCCUUUUCUGUUGAAACUAUUAUUGUUCUUUGUAAAGGGUUUUGUUGUAAUAAAUAAAAGUAGUCUACAA